AGCGCCGUCGGGGCCAUAGAGAAAAUAAAAGUUGUCGGAGUCGCAGUUGCAGAUUGUUUUGUUCAUAUUUUGUUAUUUUAAAUGUGCGAGACGUGAUUGAAACUAUUGUGAUAGCAUCCAAAAACGCAUUGAGACCAUGGCGGUGGCGAGAAAAUUGGCAUCAAAGAUCUAUGAGAUUCAGGCCCACUCGCAGAAGGUGACGUGCCUGGACGUGGGGCAGACGGGACGAGUUCUGGUAACUGGUGGCCAAGAUCGCAAUGUGAACCUGUGGGCCUUUGGGAAUGAGAAAUGCUUCAUGUCUCUCGAUGGCCACAACUGUGCAGUAGACUGUGUCAGAUUUGCAUACAACGACGACGUCGUCUACUCGGCCGACGAGAUUGGGAUCAUCAAGCGAUGGGACCUCAAUGUGGGCGGCAGUUCGACGUCCUUCCACGGGCACAUGAAGGGUGUCCGGACUUUGGAUAUCCACCCGUUCGGCGAGUACAUCGUCUCAGGGAGCAAUGACACCACCAUCCGCCUGUGGGAUGUGCGCAAUGGGUCGUGCAUCAAGAAGUACCGCGGCCACAUCGCCAACGUGAACUCCGUGAGGUUUUCUCCCGAUGGCUCGUGGAUCGCCUCCGCGGGCACCGAGGGCUCCGUGAUCAUCUGGGACAUCCGGAUGAGCAAGGAGAUCAUUGACUUUCAGGAACACGCGUCCUCCGUCACGUGCAUCCAGUUCCAUCCCUUCGAGUUCCUUCUGGCGGCCGGUCGCAAUGACGGUACGGUGGAUCUGUACGAUCUGGAGAGCAAGAAGAUGAUCUCGCGCACCAACACCGCCUCGCCUAGCAAUCUUGCCGGUCACAGUGUGAAGUGUGUGACAUUCAGUGAGAAUGGCGAGUGCCUGUUUGUGGGCAGCACGGCGGGCAUCUCAGUGAUCGGCUGGGAGCCCGACCGGGAGUUCGAUCACAUUGAGUCGACGUGGAGCUUCCUAGGGGACAUGAAGGUGAUCAAUCAGCAACUCAUCUGCGGGUGCUACGAGAACACCAAUGUCACCAUUCACGCGAUGAGCAUGGAUCUCAUAAUACCCUUCUACAAUCCCUCCAACACGGCGUUCAGUCACAACCAGAGCUCGCGAAAGAGCUUCAACCGGGGCCACGGGAAGAUGAGACUGUCGAUUGGGAAGGAGGAGAAGCCGACGAUCAGUGUGCCCACGGUGGCGGAGGAGGGCAUGUCCUCGCCAAACCUGAGCAUCGAAAUGAUCGACGAUGAGGAUGUGUUCGAUAAGUAUCUACUGCCCAAGUGUUCAGAAGCCCACAGCAACACCAGCACCACCACUUUCCAGUUCACAAACUAUCAGCUCGAUCGCGACGACGACGCAGAUGUGUACAAUUUGAACAAGAACAUCGAGGAGUUCUCCACGAGUGACGUGGACAAGUUCUCUGACCCAGAGAAGGAGGACUUCCCAGUGAACAAUGCCCAGCCGCCCGACUAUGCGCCCAAAAUGAGUCACACCAUCGUCAGCCGGACGACGGUGGUGGCAAAGUCACGGCCAGAGCGACGUGGUGGUGGCACGAGCCAGAGCAGUGCGUCCACGACGAAGCAGAACCUGCAGAAGAAGAUCAUGAACUCGAUGAGUGUGACAAACUUGAGUGAAAUUGCCGAGCCUCUCAACAAUACGUACGUCGUGCCGUCUCAGAGGACGAUCUCACGCGGUGGCUCGCCCGUGCGUAGCAUGAGUCAGUCCAACAAGCUGCGCCGCAACGACUACCAGGCGCAGAUCAACAAGGAGAACAACCUGAGGAAUCGCAACGCCACCCAGGUGCAGAUCUUCGUGAAGCCCAUGCGAUCCAAGUCCACGCUGGACAUGAAGAGUCAGCAGCAGCAGCACAGCAAUCACAACAUUCACCAGCGCCCGCCGCAGAAGAUCAUGAACUACGGACAGCCGGAGGGCGCCAAUGAAGGGUACGAGAUGAAGAUGCUCACCAGCAGUCAUGACACGGUGUACCAAGAGCUGUGCAACAGGCACGCGAGCCUGAAGAUCGUGAAGGAGUCCGUGAAGGGUCAGGACAUUCAUAUUGCACUGCGGCAGAGUGUUCGGCUGAAGGAUCACGCCGUUCUCGUGGAUCUACUUGGGGCGAUUCUGGAAAAAUCAGCAUCUUGGACGCUGGACAUGUGCGUUAUAUUGCUGCCUGAACUGUAUGAAAUGCUCCAAAGUGAUCGUAAAUUCCACUGCACGAGGGCAUGCGAUACACUGCGUGUGAUUCUCACCAACUUUCUGCCGCUCAUCAAAGCCAAUGGGGAUCCGUGGGCGGCCAGGUCGCUCGGCGUGGACAUCAGCAGCGAAGAGCGGUGGCAGAAGUGCAAUGAGUGCCGCAAGUGGCUCCUCAUGAUACGCACGCUGCCGGAGAAUAAAGUCGUCGGAGCCACGCUGACGCCGCUGCAGAACUUGAUUGUUGACAUAUAGAGUGGCGAUCUCGAAUGGAACAUAACCAAGACUUGCUGUCUGUUCUUGCUCACUUAAAAGACGCAUUACUUUGAGGAAAAUCUUGCUAAUUGUACUAGGGACUUGAUAAUAACAAAUUAAUAUGUUCUAAUAAUUUAUAUGCGUGAAAGCAAUAAUGAUUAUAUUGCCUUCUACAAAAUAUUCAACAUUUCAAAUCUCUCUAGAGAGUUCUUUUCUCGCUAAAAGUAAUCUUGGUCAAGACAGAGAAAGAAUUUAGGAAUUCGCGUGUUAUACUAAUGAAUGAUAAGUGCUUAACACAGGACUACAAGAAGGUGAUAAUUUAUCUAUUUAAUAGUAGGAGAAUAACAUAAAAAGUUAAAUGUAACGUAGUGUUAGUAUGAAGAAACCCCAAAAUCACUAAUUUAUGUAAUUCAAUGCCACUGAUUUACACUUUUCGUGUGAUGGUGAAUGAGCGUGAGAUGAGGUGUAACGGAGGAAAAGACAUUGAGAGUUCACACAAGUGCAAGAGAAGCCCAAAAAGAAAGUCAUGCUUAUGUUGAGAGAUGAAAAAAAAGAGAUGAAUGAGAAUUUGGAUAAAGAGUGCCUUUUCCCAUUUAUGGUGAAGAAGUAUUGUAGAGAAUAUAGAUUUUAAGAAGAGUUCCACUGAAAGAAGCGAUAUGAAAUUGUGAGACACACACAUAAAACAGUGAAAUGGUUUUUCUAUGAACAUAUCCUCAAGAUCUUCCCUUUCCACAGGGAGGGAAAAAUAUGAUAAAAGACAAUGUUUAAAUAGUGAAUUUUUAUAAGCACUUCCUCUCUUCCCACAAGAAAUAACAACGAUAUAUUUUCACACUCAACGUAAAUCUGAGAAUAAUAAAAAGACUAAUGCAUUAGCAAUGUACAUAGGAUGCAUACAAAUUAAUAAACACAUUUUUUAUAAUAAUAAA